AUGAGGUGUUUCAAGUGGUCAGUAUUCCUGUACUGGUUUCUGGUUUAUGGGACGAAAUUUUCCGAGGAAUAUGAUUACUACAAUGUGACGAUCGACAGAGCACCUCGUCAGCUGAGAGAGUUUAAAAAUGAACAUCCAAAACCAAUUGGAGUCAUAACUACAGAAGCUGGUUCACCAGUUGAUCUACGGGAUACUAUCAUAAUUAAUAAGGAUAUAUUCAACAGCGAAUUCUUUGCAGACACCUUAACACAUUUCGAUGGUGAGCCGAUACCUGAACGAGUUGUUCAAGGUCAUGGCUAUGGUGCAUAUGGCUAUUUUGAAGUCACCCAUGAUGUCUCAAAAUAUACAAGUGCUGAUGUAUUUAAUGGAAUUGGGAAAAAGACACCUUUGGUUGCACGAUUUUCAACAGCCAGGCAAAGUAUUAAUGGAAAUGAACUUGUCAGAGAACAUAAGGCGCUGUCUUUAAAAAUUUAUACUAAAGAGGGUAACUUAGACAUAUUGACCAUAAAUAUUCCUGCUUAUGACUACAGGGAUCCUCUUGAUUUUCCAAACUUCAUCCGAGCCCAGAAAAAACACCCAAAAACAAAAAUCCGUGAUUUGAAUAUGGAAUGGGACUUUACUACGUUAAGACCAUCUCGCUUUCAUGCAAUGAUGUGGCGGAUGUCUGAUUAUGGUCUUCCGCUUGGCUUUAGAAGAAUGGACCUCUUCCCGAUUCAUGCGUAUGAAAUAAACAACAAACAUGGCGAUAGAUAUAUUGUGAAAUUCAAUUUCCGGACAGAAUUGGGAUUGGCAAAUCUUACAACAUCUCAAGCUAUGGCGAUCUCGAGCCAGGAACCAAAUUACUUUUCACGAGAUUUAUACAAUGCAAUAAUGAACAAGAAUUAUCCAUCUUGGAAACUAGAAAUGGAUGUCAUGACAUUGGAUGAUAUAAAAAAACUUGAUUACAAUCCAUUCGAUGUUACUAGGCUAUGGAAGGCAGGUACAUAUAAAACCGUGACUAUUGGGAGACUAGUGAUGAAUGAGAUACCAGAUAAUCAUUUCAGAUCUAUCGAAAUGGGUGCAUUCAAUCCAGCAAAUUUAGUACCUGGUAUACCCGGACCCGCUGAUACUGUAUUUAAAGGCCGAAGGCUUGCUUACCGAGAUGCACAUAAUAACCGUUUGGGCAGGAAUCAUAACAGAAUUGAAGUGAAUUUGCCAAAAGGUCGUGUUUUGACGUACACGCGUGACAGUAAACCUCCUGUUAGAGAUAAUAUGAGAGAUGCUCCAAGUUUCUUUCCGAAUUCCUUCAAUGGACCGGUCCCUUACGUUGAUCCUAGCCGUCCUAGUCAAAAGUUAAUGGUUUAUGAUAACAAUAUUGCUGAUUUUGAGCCUGCCUGGUACUUUUACAACUACAUAUUGAAAGAAGAAGGAGAGAAGCAAAGAUUGGCUGAAAACAUGGCUUACACUCUUCUAGAUGUAGAUGAAGAAGUUAGAGAGAGAGGCCUAACAAUGAUAAGUUGGAUAGAUCUAGAUUUAGCAAAGAGGAUCAGGGAGAGAUUUGCAAUGAUAAGAGCAGCUGCAGACGAAGCAAGUCACGUAGAUGUUAAAACGAGAUUUGACCCUCUAGCAAGAUGUAUUGAUUCCUUUAUAGAGGGUCAUUUGACCAGCCAUCGUUAUCAUUAG